AUGGCAAUCGUCAUACCAGACGGCAAACAUCCAGGUGACAUCUUCAUCAUUCAGAAUGAGAAUUAUCUGAUGAACAAUAUAGAGGCAAGACAUUAUACAUCCUAUUUAUUUGUGAACGGUGUGUUUAGCGAAGAUGAGAUGGAUUCAGUGGACGACACCGUGGAAUUCCAGGAGAGGAAUAGACUCUUGUUGAAACUUCUGACAGAGAAAGGGAGGGAUGGAUUCAAAGUUUUUAAAAAAGCUCUUCACAAGAGAGGAUACCUGAAUACCGAAUCGAUUGAACAUAAAAUGAAAGUAAGAAAGGAGUCCGCCAUGGGUCCAAAACACAUCAUCAUUGACAGAGCAUGGCGAGAAUUCAUCGACCCUAAAGAUGAGACCAUAAUUCUUCAGAAUCGGGCAAUUCUGGUCAGAAAAAUGGAGGCUAGUCGACUGACGAGCUACCUAGCUACCAAACAGGUUAUUGAUGGUUAUGAUAUGACCACGAUUGACACUCUUCCUAAAACAUUGGCGAACAAGGAACUCCUUCGAAUAGUUAGUGGACGUGGCAGUACAGCUUUUAUGUGGUUUGUGGAAGCCUUAAGAGUGAAAGGAUUUGGUCGUCUGAGUACCUUACUCUUCGGAAGACCCAUCACUUCUAGCACUGAUUUUCAAGCUGAUUCUAGCGAUAGUGAUGAUAGCCUUUCAAGUUCGUCAUCAUCAUCUCCUUCUUCAGCAGAUAAAAAUGACGAUAAAGAAGUCGAAGAUACACAACCACAAAAUAAGGACGACGACGACCAACCCCAAAAGACUCACGACGGUCAAUCUCAGGCGGUUGGUGAUUUUCAAUCCAAUAAAAGCAAUGGGGAUGUACAAUUACACACGAUUGCAGAAGAAACAGAACAACCGGACAACGGGGAAACACAAUGUAACUCAAAUUCGUUCAUAGACGAGGUACAAUCUCCGAUGGACCAGGAUGAAAAUCAGCCUGAUAACAGCAAUCCACAUACACUUGAGAAAGAAGGAGACCAAGACACGGCACAUCAACAUAAAAAACAAGAAAGCGAUAUACGAGAAAAAUCUCUUCAAAACGGAGUUGCCAAUGAUGCAAACGAAUCCUCAAAUCAAAGCAAAUUAAUCGUCAAGAUAAAACCACAGAGUCGAAAUUCUCAAAGGUCUGGCAAAUCGAAUAAGAAGAAGCGAUCGCGAACACCAAGAUCUCCUUUCAAAAAAAUUAUCACUAGAAACAUCAUUCGGGAACCGAUUGACUAUGUCCUUGCCGAGAAAUUGAGAUGUCAUUUUAGAGAGCUGGAAAGAUCCUUGGACGCCGAAUCCGUGGCAUAUAAAUUGGUAGAAAUUGGGAUAAUAGACCAACUGGACGUGGACACCAUCUUAGCAUUACGGGAACCUCAUCAGAAGGUUCGGGAACUCAUCAGUCUGAUAUUAUGGGGUGGUCCUGAUGGUUUUAGGUUAUUUCUCGAUGCUUUACUUGAAACCAGUCAGACUCUGCUUCAUCGUGUCUUAACCACACAGAAAAAGAACAGUAUCAAAACGAAUGACUCUGUCAUACCUAGUAUUAUUAUAGAUGAAGUUGGAAAGUCACGUAAUGUCGAGGAUGACGGUGAUAGCCAGCCUCUACCCACCACAAAACCAACUGGUACAACUAAGCAGCAUAAAUUUAGAUGGGCAACCAGUUAA